AAAAAAAAAACACAAAAGCAAGGAGGAAGAGAAUGGAAAAAGGGGGCUUUCUCGUGAUCUGAGCAGAGUCUACGUGAAACCCCAGAUGCCUUGUUCUUCUUCCAUAAUCCCUCUUCCUUAAUUAGAUUCUCAAUUAUUAUUAUUCUUUCACAUUCUACACCAAAGGAGAGAUCUUGUUUCUUGCAAGAAUUCCUGGGUUGCUGUUUUUCAAAGGGUUAGGCUACUCAAUUCUAUGAUAUUUUCCCUUUUCCUUCCUGGGAAUUUCUUUUCCUCCAUUAAUCUCUGAGGAUUUUGAUGUUUUUGGGUUGGCGGAGAAGUUAAACUUCAUUGACAGCUUAAGGGUUGUUGACUGCUACAAGUCUACAGCUUUUCAAGUGAUGGGGAAAUAUUUUUGACAAGAAUGGAUCCUCAGGCUUUUACCAGGUUGUCAAUAGGCUCACUGGGUCUGAGGUUUCAAGCAUCCACUUUGAAUUCCUCAAAGUCUGGAACUAAUGCAUUCCCUUCCCCCUGUUCAUGUGAGAUACGACUUCGAGGUUUCCCCAUUCAAACAACAUCAGUUCCCUUAUUGUCCUCUCCUGAAGCUACACCUGAUAUUCAUAGCAUUGCCUCUAGCUUUUAUCUAGAAGAAGCUGAUGUCAAAGCACUGUUAACACCUGGUUGUUUCUGUAGUUCUCAUGCAUCUUUGGAAAUAACAGUUUUCACAGGGAAAAAGGGGUUAUAUUGUGGUCGUGGGGUCAAAAAACAGCAAAUCGGGACUUUUAAAUUGAAUGUGGGUCCUGAAUGGUGUGAAGGAAAACCGGUUAUUCUCUUCAAUGGGUGGAUAGGUAUUGGAAAAAACAAAAAUGAUGGUGGUAAGCUUGGAGCAGAACUUCAUUUGAGAGUAAAACUGGAUCCUGACCCAAGAUACGUAUUCCAGUUUGAGGAUGUGACCACAUUGAGUCCUCAGAUAGUUCAGCUUCAAGGCUCCAUCAAACAGCCAAUUUUUAGCUGCAAAUUUAGUCGAGACAGUUAUGGCAGGGUAGCACAGGGGGACCCAUUAAGCACCUACUGCUCAGAAAUAGAAACAGAGAGAAGAGAGAGAAAGGGAUGGAAGGUGAAGAUACAUGAUCUUUCUGGCUCGGCUGUUGCAGCAGCCUUCAUAACCACUCCCUUUGUGCCAUCGACAGGUUGUGAUUGGGUUGCUAAGUCAAACCCAGGAGCAUGGUUGAUUGUUCGCCCAGAUGUUUGCAGGCCUGAGAGUUGGUUGCCAUGGGGAAAGCUUGAAGCAUGGCGUGAGCGUGGCAUUAGAGACUCUAUUUGUUGCCGAUUCCACCUUCUUUCUGAAGGCCAAGAGGGAGGAGAGUUUCUGAUGUCAGAGAUACUUAUAAAUGCAGAAAGGGGUGGGGAAUUUUUCGUUGAUACAGACAGACAAACGCAAACAGCAGCAAUUCCAAUACCAAGUCCACAAAGCAGUGGAGACUUUUCAACUUUGAGUCCAAUCGGUUCUGGUUUUGUAAUGAGCUGUAGAGUUCAAGGGGAAGGGAAGAGGAGUAAGCCCUUGGUACAACUGGCCAUGCGACAUGUAACAUGCGUGGAAGAUGCUGCAAUAUUCAUGGCACUUGCAGCUGCCGUUGAUCUUAGCAUUGAAGCAUGCAGGCCUUUCCGAAGGAGGUUCAGGAGAGGGUCCCGCCAUUCUGUAUGAAAGACAAACAGAAUUCAGAAACUCAGAUUGUUCCCACAAACAAAGAAUGGUUCUAUUUUUCACGUCUACUGUAACAUUUGGGCAUUUUGUACAGGAUCUCCUGGUUUACGACUGUUCAUCCAAAAAACUAUUCUACUGAUGUAUGGCGUCCAUUUCAGCCUGCGUGAGAUGAGUUGAUAUGGUCUCUACAUCCUUUACUACGGUUUUUGGUCGUUUGUUUAUUACCCUUACCAUUCUGCCCGGUGAAACCAUGAAAAUACCAAAGAUCCUUAUCAACCUAACUUUUGUUUUAUCAUUAACCGGGUGUGCAACCCCCACCAGAAUUUACAUUGAUGACCACAAUGGCCAGGAUUGAGAAAAAAGACAGUAAUUGCCCACCACAACAAUUACAUAUGCGCUUCAUCCUCUGCUCAUAUUCCUCCUAGCAGCUUUCUUAUGCCUUAGGAUACAUUCUGUCUGCAUCUACACUUGAUGAAAGUAGCAUACAAUUCACUAUUCAUCAAAGGUUAUGGUUUCCAAUGGAUAAAACACAACAAACCAUCUAAAUUCCAAGUGAAAUACCUUAAAAAUAAGGAUUGAAGUGGCUAGAAGUAGGAAUCUUUGAAAGAGAAAUUUCAUCCUCAAUUUUCUUCAGAGAAUCAUAUCGAGAACCAACGUUCAGAGCACAUCCGAGAAUGUUAUUAUACCAAUCAUUGUCUUGGAAACAAAGUGGUAAAAAUUGAUGGCAAUCUACAUCACAAGUUUGAAAUUAAUGGUUACACUCAGUAAUAUCCUCCGCUCCAAUACUACUGACUAGGCCUCUGUUGUUUGAAACAAUUUUUCAACCUCUGAAAUGGUGGCUCGGGCAUCUUCAAAUUCCGGGCCUUCUUUCUCGUUUGCUUCCUCCAACUCAACCUGAAAAUUUAAAUAUAUGCAGUUUGUAAAU